AUGUCUUUUUCUACCCUGCCGGACUACAUCGACCUGGAAUCACUGUUCGACACCAACCGACGCAUUCGAAAGGAUGAUUUUCUCAGUGUGAUGGAGUUUGAGGAUGCGAAUCCGAAGAAGUUCAAGCGAAUAAUUCAGCAGUGUAUGCGUGUUAUGGAGGAAUUUGGACCGUGGUGCGCUGACAUGGUAGGCGUUAAACCCAUCUCUCCCUCUCUGCUUGUGGUUUUGCUUGGCGAUCUAACAGGCAACCCCUUGAGAGUCCUGAGGGUUUAA